AUGUCGCCAGUUCCAAGAACACAAGCUACCCGAGCUGGCCUUGUCGCGCAGUCCACCGACAUGUCAAGGUUGCUGUCAUCAGCGCUCUCCCUGCGACGGGAUCCACGCAUACUCAAAUUACCGCCAUAUCUCUCCCUGCUUUGCAUUCUAGUUGGAGUUAUUUGGCUCAUUUUGUUACCACUCGACUAUUAUUCUCGGCGCACCUAUAUCUCCGAGAACGCCUUGCUUCCUGGUCAAGUGCAUACUUAUUUUGGGGGUAGCGAACAGAACAUUUUCAGGGCAUAUAGACAGGAAUUGGAUGCACUUGUUAACGAGAGCAACUAUGACAUCAACAACCACCUUGAAGUCAUUCUUAGUGCCGCCGGUAUCAAAGUCGGUAGACAGAACUACACCUACAACUCCGCAGGUGAAAGAUAUAGCGGCGAGAAUCUGUACGGGAUUUUGCAAGCCCCCAGAGGAGAUGCUACUGAGGCAAUAGUUCUGGUGUCUGCUUGGAACAGCGUCAACGAAACGUUCAAUGGAAACGGUGUUGCUCUGGCCAUCACCCUCGCCCGCUACUUCAAGCGCUGGUCACUUUGGUCGAAAGACAUAAUAAUCCUCAUACCUCCCGACAGCCGAACUGGAACUCAAGCUUGGGUGGACGCUUACCAUGAUGCGCAUGACUUGAACAACAUUGCUUCACUGCCGCUGAAAUCCGGCGCAUUGCAGGGUGCAAUUGCUAUCGACUACGCCGUUGAUCAACGAUUCGAGGGUAUUCAUAUCAUUUAUGAUGGUGCCAACGGGCAACUGCCCAACCUCGACCUUAUAAACUCAAUCGUGAAUAUUGCUGGGGCGCAAAUGGGAAUGCAAACAGCAAUACAAGGCAUGCAGCAUCACAGUGACUCGUAUCGAGAUCGGCUCACGACGAUACUGCGAGACCCAAGCGCCCGCAAGGGUGGCUUCCGAGAAAUCAGCUGCAGCAAAAUUAAAGUUCAGCAAAGCUUCGGGAAGUUCACCUGCUGUCAAUUCGACUGA